AUGAGAGAGGCGAUUUUCUUCGCGAAACAAUUGAAUAGAACUCUUUCUCUUCCACCUAUUCUCAAGAAAAUCGUCCUCGGCCAAUCAUCCAAGCGUCUGUCCAUGCCUUUAGACAUCCUCUUGGACCCUUACCUCCUCAAGAAUCAAAGUGGCCUCAAGUUUCUCGACUGGCGACUUUUGAAAAAAACCUGUGGCGGAAAAUUUGAUUCAUUCUUCAUCAUGCACCAAAAUUUCAACUGCCGCUCAACGAGGCAGGAUUUAUGGGACAAGUUUUUGCGACUUAUUGACUUUGAUCUGGAGGCGAAUCCGUUUCCGAAGAUAAGGAAAGACGGAGAGUGCUGGAUAGAGAACGCAUUGCCCAUUGAAAAGAGGAAAAAUUAUUUGGCGAGCAACGGAGAGAGGGUGAAGGUCGACUUCAAGACUGAGGCGAAAUGUGUUCUUCUGGCUUAUCCUUUUGAAAAUGUGGAGUUUCUGAGAAUGAUUCGAAGUGAAAGAAAAGAUCUAUGGGAUGAUUAUCAGUUGUUGAACAAGACAAUUAACUCUACUCAAUUGCCUAACUACCUGAAGAAGGAAGUUUCAAAGAGUCUAAUUGAGCAUCAAAGGCAAGAAUUCACCUGUAUAGAGUGGAGAAAAAAGUUCGAAACGACUGACCUUCAGAAAUUCUCAGAAAUUCUCAAGAAAAGGCCUUUCUUUGUCAAAAAUCCAGAUAAAAUUGAGGAGACUGAGCUUGAGAAAAUCUUUGGGGAAAAUCUGCUGAAGGAAAAUCUUGUCGAGAGAAUUAUGGAGAAAAACUAUAACUGUACAGAGUUUGUUGAGCACGAUGAUGUUCUGAGACAUCUAAUCGAGCAUGAAAUCUGUUCAAGAGCGAAUGAUCAAGAAAGUCCUAAUGAGAAAAUUGGUUCUUCUUCUGACAGUUAUCUCUCUUUUGCUGGAAAUGAAACUUGCCCAGACCAAGACCUGUACGAUGAGUGCUACUCUUUAUGCCGAUUUGAUUAUCUUCAAUGCAGAGCGAAUUGUGACAAUUCUCUGUGCGAAAAUGAAUGUCUCAUUGAGUUCACAGAAAGUUCAUCAUCAUGCCCCUGCGGAGUUUACUGUUCAGACGGAUGCUCUGGUUGCAAGCAUGAACUAUGCGGUGAUGAACCGCAAACAACUGCAGAAGCAACAAUUAUAACAACAACAGCAAUAACGACAACAAUCGAUCCGAAUGAUCCGAGGAAUAUGAAUAUUUUUGUUCUUGGAUUUGAGUACUUGGCGGAUUCGUACAUCUUCUCCGGAAAUGGAAUGACGAAAAACUCGGCGACGAUUACCCCUAAUUUCAACAACUAUGCAGGGUACUGCCCUUACGCUUUCGUUCAGGGAGAACUGUACCUUUUUGGAGGCGUGAGGGAUAAACAUAGGAUCAUGAAACUGCAAGACUGUUCGUUCAAUGAACUAUCAAUUCGAUUGAUAAACGGAUUUACUAGUGAUGACGGCUCUGCUAUUCAAAUCGAAAAUGGGCAGAAAGCAAUGGUCUGCUUCUCGGCAACGAAUUGGAGAAACUGUGAGAUUUUUGAUACAUCCAGCUCAGUAACAACGCACUCCACUCGAUUCACGCAUUGGUCUGGCAGUCUUGGCUACUACCGUGGGCAGCCAACCACCGUCGGAAGCUAUGAACCUAGCGGGUUCCAAAAAGUCGAGACUUACUCUUUUUCUGGAUGGCAAAACUUACCAGAUCAUCCAAGAAAUACUUACCGCCACACUCUUAUUGGAUUAGAGAGCGGAGCAAUGCUCAUGCUUGGUGGACUUGAUGAAACGAUUUUUACAUAUAGCUUGGAAAUUUGGCUUCUGGACACCAAGACCCAGAACGACCGAUAUUGGCGACUCAUCGGAUCUCUGAAAAAGUUUGUUUCCUUUGGCUCAGCAUUGAAAAUUGGAGACUUUAUCUACCUCGUUAUUGGUUACAAUUCAGCGAAUGGCGUCUACCCGAUCGAACGAAUUAACAUUGUUAACGACAUUAUAGUCGAUACGGAAGUCAUAGGCGGACACGACUUUCGAAGCUUUUAUCCAGUUAUUUUCGAAACAACAGCCGAUUUCUGCGUCUAA